AUGACUUGUUUUUCUUGUGGGUGUGAAGAGUUUAAGAGAGAAAAUGGAUUAGAAAUUGCAAAAGUAAGUGAAGGGGGUCGGAGAAGAACAUUUGAUGUUUUGUUUAAUCCAACUAACCAAGAGACAACAUGUUCUUGCAAGUUGUUUUAUAGGCAAGGCAUUCCAUGCAGGCACAUGGUUUGGGUUUGGAAAGCAAAACGGUUUGAAAUUAUUCCCGAGCAGUAUAUUCUAAACAGAUGGACUACUAUGGCAACAAAAAGACCAAUAUUUGACCUGGGAGGAAAUCUGUUGGAACAAUGUGCUAAUAUAAUAGACAAGAAAAAGUUGUUGAAUGAGUUGUGGUCAGAGAUACAUAAUUGUGUUAGUUUGGCAGAGGGUGACGAUGAAGAUAUAAAAGACCUUGUGAUUAAUUUUCGAGGAUUGAGGCUGGAUUUGGAAGCUAAGAGGAUUGCAAGAAAUAAUGGUGAAAGGAAUGCUACUAACAAAGAAAAAGACAUAGAACUAUUAAUUGGAGCUAGUGUUCCAACUGAAAUAUCUAUCAAACCUCCAAAAAUUUCGAAGAACAAAGGCACAUGA